AUGCAGCUCAGGCUGUUCAUCGGAUUGCUCGGCAUUUUCACCGGGCUGUACCUGGUGCAAGCUGACCCAGGAUUUAAUGACCCGUUCAUCGCGGGCAACGCACCGGGCUUCUCAUUCAACAAAGACGAUAGCCUGGUAACUUUUCCUGAAGGAGAUUAUACGACGAACCCAGUUCAAGGGUUCAUUCUUUCCUGCAAUGCCGACGGCUGUCCGACUAUUCCGAAUUCUCAGGACAUUUGCGUGCUGAGAAAUCUUCCGACCAAUCGUCCAUUCAGUCUGUCCUUCGAUACGACUGACAAUACCAGGGUCAUCAUGUCCAUCAAAGAAGCGGUAGAUCGUGAAUCCAGUAACCCACCGGAUUUGCUAGACUGCGGCUACGGUGCAGUGGCAAAGAAUGCGAAAGUCUCCAUCUCGGAUGUGAACGACAAUUACCCGAUCCUGAGCCCUCGUUAUGAGUCACAAGUCACCGAGGGCGAAGAUUAUUCGAACCAACGGCCUGUGCUACCAACGGCCUGUGUUUUAGAUUUCGCGACUUCGGGAGAUUUGCCACACGACCCCGACACCGAUGACGAGUUGAUCUUCACGUUGGAAGAAAAGUGGAGAGAAGACUUCGAAGUGAUUCGGGACAGCAGCUCGAACAACCCGGUUCUGGUUUACAAGAAGGGGCAGUUUGACUUCGAAAGACGACCAUUUUAUUCCAUAAAUUUGACCGUUACUGCAAUCGCAAAUGCUGGGGUUCUGGAUUACGAAAAUGAUCAGGCGCGGGAUAUUAACGUCAAGUUGAUGGCGAGAACGAUUGCGAAUCAUUCCAUAUAUUCAGAAUGCUUUUUAUCGUUGUCGUUGAGGGACGCCAAUGAUCAAGUUCCGAACUUCGGCGAAAUUGAAUACGAGGCAAAAAUCGCGGAGGACCAGCAAGCAAACGUUCCCUUCCUCACCUGGUUCAAUAUUCAAAACGUCAACGACGAGCGACCGGAAUUUGGCGAAGUGACGCAACGUGCAAAUUUCACGGAGAAUUCCGACUCCGUAGUCCUCGUGCAAAAUCUGUUACUUUUCGUCACCGACUCGGAUUACGAAGACGCGGAAUUGGCUGCUGCUGAUUUCACUUUCGAAAUAAACUCUGCGGAUUCAUCGGCUUUCUUGAACAACGUUCCCGUCGGCGAGAUUGAUUUGAGCUCGUACUUCAAAGUGGAAGAAAAGGAUGGUCAAUAUAACCUCGUCGUAGGUAACACACCAUCAGACCGAGAGCUGUUCGACAGGGUUGAUUUAAGUGUCGAAGUGACCGACAAUGGCACAGACCCUAACCAUAACGACGCACGAACAGCUUCCAAAACACUGACAUUCCGAAUUCUGGAUGAGAACGACUGCAAGCCCGAGAUAUUGAUUUCCGGAGACAGCUUUUACAUCACCGAAGAAACAAUCGGGGAACGUGUGCUGUAUUUCUCUGUGAAAGACACGGACGCGACUGCGCCAAACAACCAGGCCGAAGCAAGAAUAGUAGGAGAUUUACAAAGCUAUUUUACUGUCGAUUGCCGCAACGACGGAAGAGACUGCGACGUUUUCGUGAAAGAGUCCUUUGAUCGCGAUAACGGACAAACGGAAGUGACACUUGAGCUGCAAGCUGUAGAUCGAGGCUCGAACGCGUUGCAAUCGGAAGUUUACCAGGUGUCAAUCAAACUCACCGAUGCGAACGACAAUGUGCCAUAUUUCGUGAAUCUAGCAUCUGGAGCAGGUCUGGAAAUUGAGGAGAACGCCGAAAUAGGUCUCAACAAAGUAAGUGGUGAAAUUUCGGUCAAAGACACUUUGGACAGAGAAUCGUAUCCCGGCCCGAUCAGCAUGGAAAUCGUCAUCUACGAUGUUUGCGACGAAAGUUCUGACGGUUUCGCCACCAAUUCCAAGUACAACGACACCCAAAUUUGGAUUCAGUUGCUAGAUGAAAACGACAACGCACCUGCACUUCCUGAAUCGUCACCCUGUUUCUUCACCAUCACAGAAACGGCCGCUUCCGGAUCAUUUGCUCAAGGGAUCCUCCAAGCAACAGAUUCUGAUCUGAAGCCAAAUCAUAUCAAGUUGAUGUAUCGACUCGAUCAAGUUUUACAAAGCGACGAGGUCAUGGAAAACCAUGGAUUGCUUUUUGUUACUGAACCUGGCAGCGGUUUCAAUCGAGGUCGAAUGAAAAUCGGCGAAGAAUCGUGGGCGGGAAAAGUUGGAAAAUAUCGGGUUGACGUCACCGUCAUGGACAUGGAUGGCGAACCCGGAUACCUGAGUAGUACCGGAAGUUACGAGCUUUGCGUGCAGGACACGAACAAUAAUCUUCCUGAAUUUAUUGUGCCGGACCCCGAACACCGAGAAUUUUGGAUCCCAGAAGACUAUGAGCCCAAUCCGCAAAACGCUAUCAUCGACCCGAUAAGUGGAGACUCGAUUAUCUUCCGUGCUAAUGAUGCUGACGAUGACCCGGAUGAAAUCGAGUUUUUCCUCAUGCCAACUGAAGAUAAUGACGGAGGAAAUGCGGAAUAUUUUUCGAUCGAAAAGAAAACAGGACGCCUUUCAUUGCCGCAAGCACUAGACAGGGAAACGGUGGAGAGUCUCACUCUCGUCGUUCGGGUAACCAAAGAAGAGGAAUAUUCAGGAAUUAAUGAGCCCUUUGACGAAACAGACAAAGCUCUGCUCGAAAUCAGUGUGACGGUGAAUGACGUCAACGAUAAUCCGGCGAAAUUCCUCAGAAAGCGAUUCUCGGGUGCCAUUUCAUCAAGCACGAAGGCUGAUACGGGGAUUGUUCGUAUCUCGGCUGUGGAUCCCGAUAUGAAUCCAGAAGUCACAUUCGCAAUAACUGGCUUCGAAGCUCUUGACCCAACUCUAUCAUCUUUGUCAAUGUCGAACUUUUACUUGACGUUCACAACGGAACCUAUGUCAGCGUUCAUCACACUGAACUUCAAGCCGGAUUCGAGGAUGAAGGGUUCCAUGACGCUCCUGUUGACCGUGCAUGACGAAAAUAAUGGUGGCCAGGAUGUCGUGGACACCGCUGAGGCCCUAAUUACUGUCGUUCCGGAAGCGGAACAAGUGGAAUUCACGUUCCUCAAUGACAGGAAAAUCGUGGAUGCAAUUGCUGAAGAUCUGCUCGAGACAGUGUUUCAGCCGAUCAUUGCGGAUCCUCUGAAUGCGAUAGCCACCAUUGAUGACAUCAGCGAGACAGCUGGCCGAGCGGAAAUGAAUUUCACGUCUGUCAGGACCCAUUUUGAAAGGGGAACCAUAAUCGUCUCACGGAGUGAGGUCAUGGACUUGCUGGCGUCACCAGCAGUAAAUUACGACUUGCUUCUGGCAUGUCGUAAUCUUGACCUCGACUUCAGGACUGUGGAAAAAGCAAUAGGACCAGCUGUCGACGAUAAAAUCGACAGAAACGUGUUCUUUACUGUGGCUGGCAUUGCAGGCGGUUUAUUCAUCAUGGUGGUAGUCAUAGGCUCUUUAUAUUUCCGUCAUACGAGCAACUUGAAGAGGAAACUGAAGGCAGUAUCAGUUUCUACUGUCGAUGCAAAUUCGCCUGAAUUCCAACAAAUCGCAUUGGAAGUACCCAACACAAAUAAGAAUGCUUUGGAAGGCUCGAACCCACUUCAUGAGUACGAUGAAAGCAUGUUCCAGGGAGACGAUUUCAGCAUGGGAAGUGGAGACUCAAUUUUGAUCGGAGUGGAAAAUAUUCCGGAAUUUAACGUCGCAAGCAGCAUUAGCGAGCAGAAACAAGCGAAAAAGAGGAAAGCCCCUCCAGUUCCAACAGCGGCAUCUGUUGGGAUCAUAAACCCGGCCUUUGACCUGCAUUCGUUCCCGAGUUUCGAAAAUGGCGAGCUUUCUGACGAUGACCCGUUCGGGUCAACCAAAGAACGCGUGAACCCGGCCUUCGGUGCCCUCGACGACCUGCCAAGCGAUUUUACGUUUGGUCCCCCGAAUCUGAAGUGAUCCGCGACUGCUAGCUUUCCUUCAUCAUUAAGCAGUCAAUCCGUUUCAUUUCUUUCAACAAUCGUGAUCGAGUCAGAGUGAAUGAAAUUGUGUGUGUGCUUUAUUUCAAAGCCGAGAAUACAUGAUAUUUUCCAUCUCA